AGCAGCCGCCACGUUGCAUAAACAGAAACUCUGGAGAUGUCACUGAUGUUGCAUUUGCUGUUGUUGCUGCUGCUGCUUGGUAAGUUUUGGGCGCACGAUUUGCAUAUGAGUAUUCAAUGGAGCUGCUUUCGUUCCGGCUACACAGGUGAGGUGCCAGCAUUUGGACGCAAGGUGAAACGAAAGGAUGCCCAUUACCAUUUGAAUGUGCCACCACCGCCGCCCCCGUUGCCACAAAAAACUGCAGCAUCCGCUCAAACGGUUGUUAUUGAUCAUGAGGUGCCGCCGUACACAUUCGAAGCCAUCAACCACGAUGAGUUUGAGCCGCCACAACAUCCUCAGCUGAGCGCACAUUAUGAGAAUUCCGAUUAUAUUUCGCACAGCAGUCACAGCAGUGGCAGCAGCAGCAGCAGUGGUAGCGGAGGUUACCUGGUGGACAAUGGCCUGCGCAGCAUUGCCAAGGGCUCAGCGGAUCAGGCCAGCUCGGCUGUGGCCAGUCAGAAUGCAGCUGGCAAACAGGCCUCUUAUGUGGCCAAGAGCACACUGGCCCAGGCAGCCGCUCAAGCAGCGGGCACAGCUGUUGCUGUACUGAAGGGCCGGGAAGUGCUGCUACGUCGCCUGGAGGAGCAGAUUGUUGAAGCGCACAAGGCCGUGGAGUCUGAGUUAACCCAACUGCAGCAGGCCAAACGCUCCGCCAAGACGGCACAGUAUGCCGCCCAGCAGGCGAUCAACCAUGUAAGCGUCCUGACUGCAGCGCUCAACAAUGCACAGUCCGCCUCAGAGCUGGCCCAGAAGGCGGCCGCUGAGGCAGCCGCCGAGCUGUCAUCACAAAUCGAUAUGGUCGCUCAGGCCAAGAGCAAACUGGAGCAGACCGAAUCGCAGGCCUAUGCGGCGCGUCUGGACUACGAGGAAACACGCGAGGCGGCUGAGAAGGCAACACUCUCCGCUCAGGAGGCGCAUCUAAAUGCCAACGAUGCGGCGCUGCACGCCAACGUUGAGCUCAGCGAAGCGGUUCACAUUCACGACAAGAGCGACCGCAAUCUGGAGGCGGAGUCGGCGCCGUCUACACGCAAACGCAAGCGGUCGUAGGCCAGGCCCCCACCAGGCCGCCUAACUGUCUCUUGGCCACGGUCAGCGGUCGGCAUUUAACUUAAGUUUAACUCAAAUAACAUAUUUAUUUUUUUUGUCUGGCGUUUGGACAGUUACUUAAUAAAUUCAGAU